UUUUUUUCUUCCCCAUUCAAAUUGCAAAUAAUUAUUAAUUUAAUGGUGUCCAAAAUAUAGUGUUUGUAAAUAUUUUAUUGUGUAUGAGCUAAAGCAAAUCAAAUUAUGGAUUCGGAAGUUAACAUCGAAAAGAAAAAAAAUCCCCGAGAAGGAGUCAGUCUUUUGAGUUCUUUAACGUUUGCGUGGGUCCUGAAAAUUUUCUGGAAAGGAUACAAACGGGAUUUAGAAGUCGGGGAUCUUUUCAGGCCGUUGAACGAACAUAAAAGCAGUUUAUUGGGAGAUAAAUUAGCAGAAGCGUGGGAUAAAGAGAUUCAAAAUUAUGAAAAAACUAAUUCUAAAAAAGUUCCUAGUUUAAGACGAGCAUUAUUUAAAGUAUUUUCCGGUCAGAUCGCUCUCUAUGCAAUUCCUAAUAUGAUAAUGGAACUUGGAAUUCGAACGGUGCAGCCGAUAGCUUUGGCAUACCUGAUUCGUUACUUUACAAAGUCAGAAAUGAGUAAAUCAGAAGCAUUUCUGUACGCUGGCGGCGUCAUAUUUUGUUCGGCGAGCUACAUAUUUAUAGUCCAUCCUUAUAUGUUGGCAGUCUUUCACAUAGGUAUGAAAAUACGCAUAGCAUGUUGUUCAUUGAUCUACCGGAAAUCGUUGAAAUUGUCAAGAUCUGCUUUAGAAGAGACGACAGUUGGACAAGCAGUCAAUUUAUUGUCGAACGAUGUUAAUAGAUUUGACAGUGCUGCGAUAUUCCUUCAUGAUCUUUGGGUAAGUCCUCUUGUGACUAUAGUUGUUACUUAUAUGAUGUACCAAGAAGUUGGAGUAUCUGCGUUAAUUGGUGUCUCUUUGAUGCUGAUCUUCAUACCUCUCCAAGGAUGGCUUGGGAAGAAAUCGUCAACGUUACGACUACGUACGGCAAAACGUACAGACAAAAGAGUAAAUCUUACCAGUGAAAUUGUCAGUGGGAUUCAAGCUAUAAAAAUGUACGCUUGGGAAUACCCAUUCAGUGAUCUUAUAAAAAAUAUUCGUAAAAAAGAAACUAAUGUUAUUAGACACGCAUCUUUUCUACGAGGUAUUACUAUGUCAUUUAUAAUGUUUUUAUCGCGACUAGCGUUGUUUAUUACUAUAUUGUCUUACGUAUUGUCAGACAAUCAAUUAACAGCCGAAACGGUGUUUAUGGUAGCGGCAUACUACGGUGUAUUACAAUCAAUUAUGACUAUAUAUAUUCCACAAGGUAUUACACAAAUGGCUGAAGUUCUAGUAACAAUAAAUCGACUUGAAAAAUUUUUGAUGAGUGAUGAAAUUGAACUGGUUAAUGAUAUAAGAAAUGGAGAUUGUAUUAUGAAAGAAGAAAACGCUACUGAAAUAGAUAAUUUGAAAGGUAAAACUGACUUUGGAUCCUUAACUUUUCAUAAUGUUUGCGCCAAGUGGUUAGAUUCAGACGAUGAAGAUACAUUGAAAGGAAUUAAUUUAGAUAUUAAAUCUGGUCAAUUAGUAGCCAUAGUAGGGCAAGUUGGUUCGGGUAAAACAAGUCUACUCAAUGCCAUUCUCAAAGAACUUCCAGUUCAUACAGGUACUGUUGAUGUGUGUGGUAAAAUUGCUUAUGCAAGUCAAGAACCCUGGCUGUUUGCUGGCUCAGUGCGUCAGAAUAUACUUUUCGGACGACCAUGGGAUGCUAAAAAAUACGAUAAAGUUGUCAAAGUAUGCCAGCUGAGGCGAGAUUUCUCACUGUUUCCGUACGGCGACAAAACUAUCGUCGGCGAACGCGGGGUAAGUUUGUCUGGUGGACAGAGAGCUCGUAUCAAUUUAGCUCGAGCUGUUUACUCUGAUGCGCCGCUGUUUUUGUUAGACGAUCCGCUGAGUGCAGUAGAUGCUCAUGUUGGUAAACACAUGUUCGAAGAGUGCAUAGAAAAGUACUUACAUGGAAAAACUAGAAUACUUGUCACUCACCAGAUACAAUUUUUGAGUAACGUCGAGAAGAUAAUUGUCAUGAAGGAUGGUACUAUUAUUGCAGAGGGUAGUUACGAUAAAUUAGUCGAAAUGGGAGUCGAUUUUGGAAGGAUACUUGAGUCAGCUUCAGAGAACGAUGAAGAAAAAACUCUUAAUAAGUCAAAUAGUCAUAAUAACUCUCGUAGUACAAGUAUUAGUUCAUUGAGUUCAUUGAAGAAUAAUGAAAUUGAUCAUGCAGAACCUGAAAAAGUCGAAGAAACACGGAGUUAUCAGUCGAUCGGAGGCUAUGUUUACUCCUCGUACUUUAAAGCCGGUGGAAACUGUUGUAUACUUCUGUUAAUUGUCCUACUCUUUAUUAGUUCUCAAUUUGCUGCUAGUGGUGGCGACUUUUUUAUAGCGUUCUGGGUAAAUUUAGAACAAAAUAAUAGUAAAAAUUUCACUUUUGGUCAAUUUUCACAUGCUGAAAAUAGCACUUCCGGAUUGUCUGAAAACGACAGAUAUAUCUGCAUAUACAUUUUCAGUGCAUUGACUGUCUUAACAAUAGUGUUAUCACUCGUGAGAUCAUUUGCAUUUUUUGAACUAUGUGUGACUGCGUCUAAACGAUUACACGAUAAAAUGUUUCGUAACAUCAGUAGAGCAACAAUGAGAUUUUUUAAUACAAAUCCUUCAGGUAGAAUAUUAAAUCGUUUUUCAAAAGACAUUGGUGCUAUUGACGAAUUACUACCGAUGGCCAUGAUUGAUUGUAUUCAAAUAGGUCUUUCACUUGUUGGAAUAAUAGUAGUUGUAAGUAUUGCCAAUGUAUGGCUGAUAUUACCGACGUUUCUUGUGUGUGUUAUUUUUUAUAUUUUAAGGGUUAUUUAUAUAUCAACAAGUCGUAGCGUAAAACGUCUGGAAGGUAUAACAAGAUCACCAGUAUUUAAUCAUUUGAGUGCUACAUUACAUGGUCUAUCUACAAUUCGGUCUUUCAAUGCCGAAGAAAUAUUGAUCAAAGAGUUUGAUCAUCAUCAAGAUCUUCAUUCAUCUGCUUGGUACAUUUUUAUUGCUUCGUCGCGAUCCUUUGGUUUUUGGCUAGAUAUAUUUUGUCUUCUUUAUGUUACCUGUGUAACAAUGAGCUUCUUAAUACUUUCUGACGAUGAUAAUAACACGUACAAGGGCGGUGAUGUCGGUCUAGCGAUAACACAAAGUAUCGGAUUAACUGGAAUGUUUCAGUGGGGAAUGAGACAGAGCGCUGAAGUAGAGAAUCAAAUGACUUCAGUGGAGCGUGUACUCGAGUACACAAAUAUUGAGAGCGAACCUGCUCUUGAGAGUUUGCCGAGUAAAAAACCUAAAGAUGACUGGCCAACCAGAGGGAAAAUUGAAUUCAAAAAAGUUUACUUGUCUUAUUCGCCGCUAGAACCACCAGUACUUAAAAAUCUCAACUUCACUAUUGAGCCACGAGAAAAGAUAGGAGUUGUCGGACGCACAGGAGCUGGAAAAUCUUCUCUGAUAUCAGCUUUAUUCCGUCUUGCUAACAUUGAGGGAAACAUUGAGAUCGAUGGUAUAGAUACCGCUAAAAUUGGACUCCAUGAUUUCCGUGCCAAAAUAAGUAUAAUUCCUCAGGAACCUUUCUUGUUCUCAGGCUCAUUAAGAAAAAAUCUUGAUCCUUUCGAACAGUAUUCUGACCAUAUACUUUGGUCAGCACUUGAAGACGUUGAGCUAAAAGACAUGGGUCUUGACGAGCAUAUUAAUGAAGGAGGUUCCAAUUUAAGUGUCGGACAACGACAAUUGGUAUGCCUUGCUCGUGCUAUUGUGAGAAAUAAUAAAAUUCUUGUACUCGAUGAGGCGACAGCCAAUGUUGAUCCACGAACAGAUGAGUUUAUUCAGAAGGCCAUUAGACGCAAAUUUGCCGAUUGCACAGUACUUACAAUAGCUCAUCGACUCAAUACUGUCCUGGACAGUGACAGAAUAUUAGUAAUGGAUGCUGGCUCAGUUGUGGAAUUCGAUCAUCCUCAUAUUUUGUUUCAAAAAGAAAAUGGAGAUUUGUCGAACAUGGUCAGAGAAACUGGCGAAAUGAUGACCGAAGCUUUGAAAAAAAUUGCUCAUCAAAAUUACAAUCUUCACCAACAAUGACUUAUCACUUACUGCCAAAAUUAUUUCUAUUGUGAUUUUUUUUUUAUCAAGUAACAUGAAUGCAUCUAUACCUCAAAUUUAUUAUUACAAAUGUUUUUUAU